UGUUUGUGACUCUGUUUGUUGCAGGAUGGAAGGAAGGAAGGAAAGAAGGUUUGGCUAGUGGCUGGAGAGGGACGGAGGCAAGAGGGUGAUCUCCUUAUCAGAACAGGAACAGGAACAUGGGAGAUAUGAAGACGCCAGACUUCGAUGACCUGCUGGCGGCCUUCGACAUCCCCGACAUGGUGGAUCCUAAAGCCGCAAUUGAAUCUGGCCACCAAGAUGACCACGAAGGACAACUCAAGCAACCAAGUGGUGCCAUGGCAACCAAUGAAGAAGAUGCCCACAACCCCUCAGCGCCACAUGACGUUGGUGUUAGUGUCAUUGUAAAGAACAUCCGAAAUAUGGAAACCAGUGAACAUGGUGGAGCCGUAUCAGAGAAGGACGGACAAUUCCACUUCCAUCCCCAGCCCCGUUCUGUCGGCAAUGGACUUCACAAUGGCUUCUUGCCCACAACACCACCUGCUAGUCAUUACACCAAGAAUGGAUGGAAAGCUCCCAGAGAAGAAGGACACAAAAUUAACAACCAAUCAUCUACCUUCAAUCAGUUUAGCCCAAUCUCUAGUGCGGAAGAGUUUGAUGAUGAUGAUAAAAUUGAAGUAGAUGACCCAAUGGACAAGCAAGGUGGUCAGACUUACUUUCAGCCCACUGCAAAGACUGAGGACCACAAUCCAAAAUCUCCUGUAGUGGCCAGUGUUCAUAAGCCUAGAACAAAUGGAGAUCAAAAAGCUGAUAACAACAACAAUGGUACUGUUGCAAGUUGCAAGUUUAACAAUCUUCCUCAAUCAACUUUGCCUAAGGAUGAACUCAAUGAAAUUGUAGACAAAUCUCAAAAUCAAGAGUGCAAGGAACCUGGGGAGUCAUCAGGACUUGCUAAUGCAUCCAGUAUCCCCCAGGUCAAAGCCAAGUCCUCUACAAAACUUUCAUCUUGUAUAGCAGCCAUAGCAGCACUCAGUGCCAAAAAAGCUAGUACUGCAGAUAUGGGAGCUUCAGAUUCUCCCACAACACAGAAAGAAUCCAUCCAGGUCAGUGAAAAUCCCAGAGCGCCAGAGAAGACCCAGGAGCAACAGUUAGCCCUAGAGGUUGCAAAGAAGCUGCUAACAAGACAACCAGACAGCCCAUCGAGUGUCACAAGUGAGGGCAGCUGCAAAGGUUCCCCGUCCUCAGGCACAGACACAACCCCGGUCAUUCCAAAGGUCAGGAUCAAAACUAUCAAAACCUCAUCUGGACAGAUCAAGCGUACUGUCACUCGAGUCCUCCCAGAGUUUGAUCCUGAGGGUCUGAAAAAAGAGAUAUGCUCAUCUGUCAUGGCAACCACCAGUGCAAUUUUCACAUCAACCACAAGGCCCUCUCUUCCAACCACAGUCGUAGCCACCACUGGAGGCCCUGCAAUUGAAAUAACCAAGCAAAUGACUAUUAAACCUGUGGCAACAGCUUUCCUGCCAGUCUCAGCAGUCAAGACGGCUGGUUCGCAAGUUAUCAACCUUAAGCUGUCUAACAACACUACAGUCAAAGCAACAGUCAUUCCUGCUGCAUCAGUGCAAAGUGCCAGCAGUGCCAUCUUGAAAGCUGCUAAUGCCAUCCAGCAACAGACUGUCAUGGUACCUGCCUCCAGUCUGGCUAAUGCCAAACUUGUGCCAAAGACAGUCCAUCUCAGUAACCUCAAUCUUCUCCCUCAGGCAGUGUCCUCUGCUGCCUGUGAUCUCCAACAGGCACUGUCAGCCUCCAAACAGGCCCAGCAUCAAAAAUCACAAGUCAAACAGACAAUUCUCGCUGGCCAGGCCUCAAAGAAGGUCUCAAGGGUUCAAGUGUUCACUAGCUCUCAAAGCUCUGUCGUGGAUGCAUUCAAUAAAGUCCUGAGUAGCAUGAAUCCCGUCCCUGUGUACAUCCCAAACCUCUCUCCACCAACUUCUGCCUGUAUCUCUCUACCCUCACGUGGCUACAAGUGUCUGGAGUGCGGCGACUCAUUUGCUCUUGAGAAGAGCCUGACACAGCAUUACGAACGUCGCAGUGUGCGGAUCGAGGUCACCUGCAACCACUGUGCCAAAAGUCUGGUGUUCUACAACAAAUGCAGCCUCUUGUCUCAUGCUAGGGGCCACAAGGACAAAGGGGUGGUCAUGCAGUGCUCACACUUAAUACUAAAACCCAUCCCUGCAGAUCAGAUGAUCAGUGCAUCCACCUCAUCGGGACCAUCCAACAUCCCCGGCACCACUUCCAGCUCUCAAGCACAGGCACCCACAGGUCAAAUCCAGGGGAAAGUCUCUGGUGGUGGGACCCAAGCCACGGUAAUUUCAGCACCAUGCAGUGCUCCUCUUGUGGCAGCCAUGCCCUUGGAGGACGAUGCAUCAAAGCUCUGCAGACACAGCCUGAAAUGCUUGGAGUGUAACGAAAUGUUCCAGGAUGACAGCUCACUAGCCAUGCACUAUCAACAAGCGCCGGAAUCCAGUGGUCAGAAAACAUGCACUAUUUGUCAAAUGCUUCUCCCGAAUCAGUGCAGCUUUCUGUCACACCAGCGAAUCCACCAGCACAAGUCUCCCUAUAUCUGCCCUGAGUGUGGUGCCAGCUGUCGCUCUGUCCACUUCCAGUCACAUGUCACCAAGAACUGCUUGCAUUACACCCGCAGAGUCGGCUACCGCUGUGUCCACUGUAGUGUGAUCUUUGCUGACGUUGCAACACUAAAGUCCCAUAUCCAGAAUACUCACUGCGAGGUCUUCUAUAAAUGUCCUCUCUGCCCCAUGGCCUUCAAGUCUGCACCUGGAACACACUCGCAUGCACAUACACAGCAUCCGGGAUUGAAGGCAGGAGAGCCCAAGGUGAUCUACAAAUGUUCCAUGUGUGAUACAGUGUUCACCCUGCAGUCUCUGCUCUACACACAUUUCGACCAGCACAUUGUCAAUCAUAAAGUUUCAGUGUUCAAAUGCCCCGACUGCUCCAUGCACUACGCACAGAAACAGCUCAUGUUGGACCAUAUUAAGGCCAUCCAUGGAACCCUGAAGACCAUAGAGGGUCCACCAAACUUGGGUAUCAACCUCCCUCUCAGCUCGAAACCAACGAAUUCUAACAGCAGCAACAGCACCCAUACUAAUAACAGCAAAGAUGGAGGAAAUGUCAACGUUCAAGACAAGGGAGAAAAGAAACCGUCACCGUCACCGCUGAAGAAAACCAACAGCAACUCUUCAGCAGACUUUAAGAGCCCUUCCAGCUCAGGUUACACAUGUGGAGACUGCAGCAGCCUCUUCAACUCCAGGGAGCUCUUUGUGGCGCACAUGAGGCGAGAACAUGGAAAGAUUCUGAAGAAGCACCCAUGUCGACAGUGUGACAAGUCUUUCAGCUCCUCUCACAGUCUUUGCCGACACAACCGUCUCAAACACAAGGGGCUGAGGAAGGUCUACACCUGCCCGCACUGUCCAGCUCUCAGUCAGCCCUUCACUAAAAGAGUGCUGCUGGAUCAGCACAUUCAGCUGAUGCACGGAGGUAAAGAUGCAGGAAGAAAGACCGUUGACCCUGAUAACAUGGAGGCUUUACCCAAUAAGGAAAAGAGCUUCAGCCCCAAAAGGAAAACAGAGGACGGUGAGGGGUCUCCGGGCUUGACCUCCAGGAGCUCCGACUCGCAGCCACUGAAGAGACUCAAGGUAAACAUCCUAAAAGUCCACAAGUGUGCCGUCUGCGGCUUCACCACGGAAGAUAUCGCCGCUUUCCAUGAGCACAUACCUCAGCACAAGUCGGAUGGCUCGUCCUACCAGUGCCAGGAGUGCGGCCUGUGCUACACGUCCCACCGCUCGCUGGCCCGACACCUCUUCAUCGUCCACCGGCUGAAGGAGCCGCACGGUCUCGGCCGAUACUACGGACGGGGCAAAGACGACGAGGAGAGUCAAAGAGAGAACCAGUUUGGCGUUACAGACGAGAACGAUGACGGGACGCCAAAUACCAAAUGCAAAGUGUGUGGGAAGAUGUUCGAAACGGAGGGCAACCUGAACACCCACAUGAGGACACAUGGGAUGGCGUUCAUUAGGUCAAAGAGACUGAGCGCAGUCGAAAAGUGAGACUUUUUAAUCAUUCCAUCAAACGCUGUUUUAAAUGUAUACAGUUUGUUUAACCUGCAGUACCUCCGUUGGCUGUGGUUAAGCUGUAGAUACAAGAUGUAUAUGUGGUGUACGACAAUAUGUAUACAAUAUACACACAAAUAUGUAACAUACAUCAAAGUCACGUCAAGUGUCUUUUAGUAAAUUGAACAAGAUAGUUUUUUGUACACAUGUAGAUGUUUCUAUAGGCCUCGAAUAGAUCUUUUUUUAGAAGAGCCUUUUAUUUUAACAGUUUCCAUUGUUGUCUUCUCACUAGGACUACAUAAUGUAGGGAUAUAUUGUUGUAAUGGGAUUAAUCCUCAUACACUCAGCAGUGUUUUGAAUCUUCAAUGCUGCUAAUGUCCAACGAAUGUCUGGUUGAAAAACCAUAUAAAACUGUGGAUGCUUCAAGAUUCCCUCAACUUGCGUUUAUAAAAAAUCUAGCAUUUCUCUGUGAGGCUUAGCUUUUACAAUAAAACCCUGGUUCGUGUCUGGUAACACACCUGGAAACAACUGAUCCCAGAACAGAAUCUCUGCGGUAACUUUGCGCUGAAGUAAACUGACAUUUCUGAAGAUUUCGGGACAAUCAGUUGAAGACAAGUUAUUGUCAUGACAUAUCAGAAACAUACACAACAGAAAAAUUAGAAAAAUGGAACAAUUAAAAGUAAGCUCCCAG